GGCACAUUUUGACAAUCCUCCAGUGUUCAAUUUAUUUACAUUUUGUGUUGUUAAUCAUUCUGAAUGCUUUAAUAAGAAAAAUCCACAAUAAUCACCAAGUGCAGACAAAAAGACUGCACCACGAGCUAAAAGACAUUCUAGGAUAGUAAAAAAAAGUGCUUGAAAUCCGACUGAGUUCAUUGAAAGCAGGGUAUUUUAAUUGAUUUAAAUUGAAAAAAUGUGGUGUGAUUAGUGUUGAUGAGAUUAAAUUCCCAGGAAGAGCAGAAAGAUAAAUUUAUUGAAUCACAGGGAGUAAUGCUUAGUAGAAUUGAUUCUAGACUGUUUCUAUGGGGCCUAUUUUUGCUACAACUCUUCCUCAUUGGAGCCAUCCUGAGGUUCAGUGUCAUUUCGGGGCCAUCGCAUGAGCCCUCCGUGGAUUCUAACAUCAAAUUUAUCAAUCGGAAUAGUGAUCGAAGGACACUGAGGCCGGGUGCAGUCAAUGAGGGCAUUUUGAUGGUGCAAUUGGGCAAUUUUACGCAGAUUUUUGCGGAAACGCCCUUUACCAGUCUCGUGAGACGAGGUCCUGUGACGUGCUUUCGCGAAGGCACUGUCACUGAAGCCGAUGGCACUGUGGGCGUAGAUUCCAAUGAUACGGACGAUGUGCGAUGUCGAUGUCAUCCGGAAUGGCAUGGACCAGAUUGUGGUCAACCUGAGGUUAUUUGGAGGGCUUUUGUUGCCGGUAGGAUUCCCUUGAAUUUCACCUCAUCCCACACAGUUCGACACCGUGUCAUCUACUUCAUCCAAUCCACCGUGGUCAGCCUCCAAUUGCUGGAGGUACAGAUGAUGGAAUUGAUGGAUAUCGUUGAGUUAUUUGUCGUGUGUGACCUCAUGGAGAUGAUAACCCUGAGAAAAUCCACACUCUUCACCACCCACCGUCAGAGAAUCCUCCUAAUGCACCACCGGGAAUGCAAUCCCGCCCAAAUCUACGACUACCUCAUCAACAAAUUGCCAAAGACCGCGGCCCUUCGCGAUGACGAUGUCAUCAUCUUCAGCCAUCUCGAUCAAAUUUUCAAUCGAAAAGCCAUCAAUUACUUCAAAUGGUACAAAAAUUGGCCACAGCCCGUUCGUUUUCGUCUCAAAUACAACGUCUACGGCUUCUUCUGGCAACAUCCCGCCAGCACCGUUGUCAGUGGCUUUGCCUGCUACCACAGUGUCUUCCGGGAUCAUCCCAGAGACACCCUCAAUCGCCUCCUGACCAUAGACAAGGCAGCAAUGAUCGUGGGAGACCUAAAUCACUUUGGAGGCUGGCAGUGUCAAUUCUGUGCACAGCCCAUUGACAUCGUCAAACGCCUUGAAUACGAAUUUCAGCAUGAACACUUCACUUUCGACAGCAACACCAGAAAAAUCAUCGACGUAGGCCACGUGCAGAAUCUCAUCACAAAGGGAUUCUACGUCGAUGGCCAGAUGAAACUCAACAAAGUCCAGCGAUUUGGCGACAAAUACUACACGCCCAAUUAUGUCGAACAGAAUAGCUGGAACUUUGACAAUAUCAUCACAAAUAUCUAUGCCCAUUGGGAGGAGGAGAGUGAUGAUGAGUAUUUGUAGAGAGCGGACGAGAGAGAUACAGAAAAAAACUGUGAUAGAGAUUGGAAGAAAGAUCAAGAAGAAAAAAUCAUUUUAAAGCAUUUUCUUAUCGAUGUGUGUAAAAAAAGAAGAGAGAGAGAAAUCUGAGCGAUGCACAAGUCAAUAUACAGGUUUAAUGAGAAAAAAUGAUGUAAUAAUUGUAAAGCAUUAAAAAAACUAAAUAUCCUCUUUGUAAUAAAUUGUGUAUGAUGCCUUAUUUCGCAGAUGAUGAACGAUCAAUGAAGACUGUCGUUAUAUUUAGGUCUAAUGUCUUUUUCGUUUUUAUUUUUUUUUUAAUUCCGAAUUGAAGGAAUAAUAUUUUACUUUGUAAAAUGGCAUGUAUCAUAAAGAAAUACUCUUCCGAAUAAAAUGGAAAUAGAAAAAU